AUUCAUUGAUUCGAUGUUCUUUUAUAUACCGUUGGAAUACAUCCCUUUCCCAACCUCGGGUACUUCGAGCGACUUCCAAUACAUAUUUACACAACCCCUCCCCUCCCCUCCCCUCCCUCUCGCACGGCAUAGGGAAGGAAUGGGGGCCUAGGGUUUAACAGGCCGACCUCCCGCCGCCUCUGCAGCCGGUGCGCUUCCUCCUCCGCGGCGCACCUGUAACCCGACGGCGUUGCCUCCCUCUCCGGUCGUCCCCACUCCCCGUGAACGUGCAAGAUGGCCACAAAACUUGAUCAAUCUUCUCCUGCCGACUCUCGGCAAUCAAAACCUACUGGAUCACCAUCUUUGGCACCCAAGCUCUCAAUUUUUGGUACAAAAGCUGGAUUUGUCAUACCAAAAAAUAAGCUAGCUGGUUCACUAGUUAUCCGGGGCAGCAGCGCCAAGAAUGAAACACCAACUGCAUCCAAGGAAGAAAACAACAAACAUGUUCAAAGAAAGACAAAAUGGGGGCCUGACCUCGCCUCGGAGCCUGCCGUGUGCAAAGGCAGAGCUUUGGCCUACCAGACUCGAGUGGAGCAAAUUACCAAGCAGCUGAAAUCUGGAGCUCUGGAGAUUGGCAAAAUGGAAGGUUCAACGCCUACUGUAAAGGGGUCAAAUUCUGAUGGUACUGACAAUUUGAAAGAGAGUGAGGGAAAGGUUGAGCUUUUGGAACUUGAAAGACGAGAAAUUAUUGGUGAAAUACUCCGUUUGAAUCCAGGGUAUAAGGCUCCUGACGACUACAAACCAUUGCUUAAGGAGACAAAAAUCCCUCUUCCGGCAAAGGCACAUCCAGGACAUAAUGUUAUUGGAGUUCUUAUAGGACCUGAGAGCAAUACCCAGAAGCGACUACAGGAAGAAACUGGAGCUAUAAUACGAGUAUAUGGGACUAAAAAAAUGAAUGAAGAGAAGAAUGAGAUUCGUCACACAGACAUAGAUGAAGCUCAAGCUGCUUAUGAAGACCUAUACAUCAGUGUCUCGGCUGACUCUUAUGAUAAAGUAGAUGCUGCAGUUGCGUUGAUUGAGCUGCUUCUUGCUCCUGUCUCCGUAAAUUCAAUAGUCACUUCCACAAUUGCUACUGUUUCUUCAGCGGUUACCUCUGAUGCUGUAAAUCCAGCUGAUGUGCAACUGAUGCAGAGGAACACUUCACAGUCAGGUUUACUUCAUUACCAAACACCUUGGCUCUCUACUCCCCAAACCAAUGAUCCAUCAAUUCUUUACUCCGGGCCUGUUUCGAGCUCAUUAUCUAACAAUCCGUUGCAACUGCAACCGCCUGUUGUUUCUUUCAAUAUUCUUCCAUAUACAGGUCAACCUCCUCACAUGAAUACCAUGCCAAGAAAUCCACUUCCUGUUCCUGGACCUCCGACAUCAAUGCCAAACAUUCAACAGCCUCCACCUCAGUUCCGAGCCAACCCCCCAAUUGGACCUCCUUUUGGUCAACCACCUGGAAUUGUAAGCCUACAACUGACACCAUCUUCCUCGGUGCCACCGCCAGUUAGGCCCCUUCAAACACCCCAUGCAUCUGGUGGAUGGCCAUCUUUUUCUCCAGUUAUGUCGCAAUCUCAGAGGCCUCCGCAAGCUUCACCGACUUUUAUGCCAAUGAGACCUCCUAUUUCUGUGUCUCCUCUUGGUGCAACUCCAUCGCAAGGGCCCGUUGCAUUGGUGCCUCCAUCAAACAUUCCCACCAACUAUCGCAGUCAGCAUUCACCAGUAGCAAAUUUCACUCCAGCAACAUUGAUUUCCAGGCCUCCUGGUGGAGCACAGUCUUUUCCUUCAGUUCUGCCUCAAGGUCCUUCCUCAAUGCAGAUACUGCCAUUUCCUGCUGGUGCAUCAGCGCAGUCACCUUACCCACUUUCCAUGCAAGCGCGUCCUACGAUGUCGAUACCUGAUACAGUGAGAGGCCCACCUCCAGCUUUCUCUCAAGUUGUACCAACACCUGGCAUGGUACCUUCAUCGGUUGGAUCUUCCUGCCCGCCUGCCUCAGCUCCUGCAAGCACAAGCUGCAGUCAGUCAUCAAUAGGCGCUUUGAGACCUCCACGUCCAGCUGCCGGUGAUUUUACGUUUCGUCCUGUUGUAUCACCUUCGCCUACUCCAGACUUUCCAGCAUCAGCCAGUCAAAUGGGAAUACAUGCCAACACUCGCCCUUGUUUACCUCAUGCACCGUUCUUCCAUCCUGCUAAUCACCCCAAUGUGCCAGUUCAAGGGUUCCAAAGGCGUGUUGAUGGCAGGCCCAUGGGUCAACCUCGGAUGUAUGCUCCACCUCCACACUUCCCUGAAGUUUUCCCUGUGGGGUUCCGAGCGAUCCCUCCAGCAGUUCAACCAGGUGGAAGGAUAAUCUCUCCUCCAAUGCCACCACCAUCAAAUGUGUCCAGUUUCUUGCCUUCCCGCCCAUUCCAGUUCAUGCCACUGCCACAUCAAAAUCCUUUUCCAAAUACAAGCAGGCAAGGUGAGAGUCCAGGUGGCGCCAAUCCAAUCUAUGACCCUUUUGCACCAACAGCAGCCUCAGGAGCGAAGAAAACAGAAGCCGACCCUGAGUAUGAGGAUCUCAUGGCAUCUGUUGGCAUGAAGUGAGUACUGAGAUCUGUCAGGAAGUCCAAGAUGCGACACAAAGGGAGUAGAUCUGGCAGCAUGUAUUAGUUUGAAGUUCAUUUGCUACUGCUAGUUAUUCUUUUGAAUUUCAUAUGGCCUCCAUGAAAGAAAGAAGAAUCGCAUAUUUGACCCAGAUACUCUUGGAAUACAUGUUCUGGAGUGUCAAGGUUGUGAUCCCUGGCAUAACUUGAUGGGUUUUUUUAUGGAAGGAAUUGUGAUGCAGUUAAAGAGAAGGCAUCACUUGUAUUUUUCCUUUUAGAUCAGACGAUCAUGUAUAGAUAAUCUUAUUGUCAUCAAGUGUGUGAUGUUUGGCUAUUUGAGACUGACGCUAGGUUGUGCUAUAAUAAUUUAGAGUAUGCGCAUUAUGCUUCA